AUGGAGCACUCUAUUCCAGCGCACCCAGAGGGCGUCGAGCCGCAGGGCCAGCUCUUCGUCGAGCCCGAGAGCGUGCGCGUCGCCGCGGCGACAUUUCGGCGCGCGGGCCUCGGCGUCGUCGCGCGCCUCGACGACGCGCUCAUCGUCGCCGCGCUGGAGCACCUCGACGAAACGUCCCUGGCGACGCUCGCGGGCGCGUCGCGGGUUUUCGGCGCCUUCGCGCGCUUCGACGAGCUCUGGAAGGCGCGCUGCCUCCGCCGCAGCGACGGCGGCCUGCUGCCGCCGUGGCGCGGGUCGUGGCACGCGACGGUCGUCGCGGCGCGCGGCGGCGCGGCCGACGCGCCGCGGCCGCGGCCGCCCGCGCGGCUCUUCAGCGACGUCCUCUACCGGCCGCACCUCCUGGCGCACUCGCCGAGCCCCUUCGGCGCCGCGCCAAAGGGCCCCGCGGUGCGGCGCGUGCGCGACUUUUCAAAACUCGACCGCGCCGCCUUCCGGGAACGCUUCGAGGCGGACGGCGGCUCGCCGGUCGUGCUCGAGGGCCUGGGCGAGGACGCCGUGGCGAGCGGCGCCUGGACGGCGGCGGCGCUCGAGGCGCGCUACGGGGACCGCGUCUACCACGCGGGCGGCGUCAACUUCCGGCUCGCGGACUACCUGCGCUACGGAGCCUCGAACGCGGACGACCCGCCGUUCUACGUCUUCGACCCCACGGUCGGCGCGUCGACGCCCGAGUUGUUGGCGCACUACGCCGUGCCGGAGUAUUUUCAGGACGACCUCUUCGAUUUGCUGGACGACGCGGAGCGGCCCGACUACCGGUGGCUGCUCUUGGGCGGCCCGCGGUCCGGCCAGUCGUGGCACACGGACCCGAACUCCACGUCGGCCUGGAACCUGACGCUGGAGGGUUCGAAGCGCUGGCUCUUCUUCCCGCCGACGGUGACGCCGCCGGGCGUGCGGCCGUCCGUCGACGGCGACGGCGACAACUACCUCGCGCCCGUGUCGAACGCCGAGUGGGCGCGCGCGGGCUUCUACGAGGAGUGCGCGGCGCACCCCCGCUUCCUCGAGUGCCAGACGAAGCCCGGCGACGUCGUCUACGUGCCCCGGGGCUGGUGGCACAUGGUGCUGAACCUCGCGCCCGUGACCGUCGCCGUGUCGCACCACUUUGUGUCGCCGAGCGGGCUGCCGAACGUGCUCAAGCGCCUCCGGGACACGCCCGAGCACGUCUCCGGCGUGGAGCGCCACCUCGGCGACGACGACCGCGGGCCCAAGCGGGCGAGGACCGACGGCGACAAGCGCGCGGCGGCCGGCAGCCGGCUCCACGACGCGCUCGUCGCCGCGCUCGAGCGGGAGCGGCCCGGCGCGCUCGCGGACGCGGAGGCGGUCCUCGCGCGCGCCGCGGCGACCGCGCGGCCCCGCUGGCGGAGCCUCGUGCCCGAGGCCAAGCCCGCGGCCUUCGCCUUUUCCUUCGCGUAA